CGAACGACCUGGGCCAGUAAAGAUGGCUGUCCAUUACUCUCAGGAUUUUUCAAAUGCGAAUGGUUUUUAGAACGUGAUAAACGGUUUCCGGUUUUCCGAUUAAGAAUAUCUCGCGACCAUGCUCGGUGGACGGAGAAAUUUGCCGAUCGAUGAUUGAGGCCGUACGGGGAAAAAGUUGACGAACAAUCGCGCUGGUCGCCGGUGGUGUGAAAAUAUUUGUAAAUGCUCGCGACACACCUUCGAUAUGGCGCGGUCUACGACGUUCCUUAAAUCGUAAUUCCUAUCUCCUAUCUAAACUAUAUAUAAACAGUGCGCAAGGUGCAUAAGAUGGACUGAAUUUCGUUGAAAUUACGUCAUUGUAUAACGUGCGGAUAUUCUUAUUUAUUCGAGAGACUCGCUGAUAUAUUUUACCUGGAAUAUCAAUUCAUUAUGAUUAUGUACACCGCCGCUGAUAAUCGUAUGGGGCAAAACGAGAUUGCUCAGGUGAUAGCAUUCGUAUGUGGGGUGAUAGUCAUUUUGUUAAUGAUAAUGGGACUGGCAUCGACUGACUGGUUGAUGGCGCUAGGAUGGCGACAAGGUCUCUUUGCACACUGCAUUGAAGACGGUGCCCCGACUCCAUUGCCAUUCCAUAUGACUACACCAGCGGGAUGUUAUCAGGCUCGGGAUGUCGGAUACAUAAAAGCGGCAGCUGCGCUCUGUGUCGUAUGUCUUUUGGCUGAUAUAGCAGCAACAAUUUUAACAGGACUAGGCCUGCGAUCUCAAGACCAUCGCGAUAAGCACAAGUAUUAUCUUUUUGCGGUGUUCUGUAUGGGGCUUGCAUUAGCCGCUCUUCUCAUAGCUCUCGUCGUUUAUCCAGUCUGCUUUGCUGCAGAACUAAAUCAUGGAAACCGAACUAUGUGGGAGUUUGGCUGGGCAUAUGGAGUUGGCUGGGGGGCAGCUAUUUUUCUAUUUGGUGGGGCAGUACUUCUCUUAUGUGAUAAAGAGAGCGAAGAAAUUUACUACAAGGAGAGAAAAAUCGUCCGUGAUGAUAUAGGAGGUGGAGGAGGUUCCAUGAUUGGAGUAGGGCAUCACGGAGUAAGAAGCGGCACACAGCUAGCUUAGUGGCAUUGCUCCCUGCCCGACGUUGUCCUCUAGGUGACUGGUUAUAUUUCUCUUGUGUCCACUUAUUGCGCGAUGUGUUCACAAAGAAAUAUAAUAAUAUCGAUGUUCACAUGGGUUGAAUUUCGGAUAAAGUAACGGUAUGUCUGCUACUGUUUCUGAGAGCGAAUGAUUUUUUAUACGAGCAACGUGUCUUUAGAAUAUGCAUACAAAAUAUAUACAUUGUAUGUAGAUUACGGAAUUACGACUGAAAUUCUGACUCAAAAAUUACGGUGUACACUAAGUCCCAAGGUGAUGAAUUUGUUUACAAAGGUAGAGGAGUAUCAAUUUCAGUACAGAUUAUUACAUUAUUUACUUAUACUUAUGAAAAAAGGUAUCACUUUUCUUCCUGUUAAAAAUUUUGGGACCAUCAAUAUAUAACGACAAAAGUUCAAACCCGUUUUCUUGAAAUUAAUGACGAUAUGUUUUUUCUAUUCGACUUUAAUACUCGUAUAGGUUUCAUAGUUGGGUCUGUAGAUUUAAUUGAAUUGCCUGUCUAGCAAUGAUUGUGAGAAAAUGGGAAUAAUUUGAUGAGGUAAAAUAUUACAUCCUAGGUGAGAAAGAAAAAACGAUGAAAAAAAUUAAUUUACCGACCAGUAUUGAGUAUAAUGAGAAGUGAAUUUCUUCAUAUAUGUCGAUACAGGUAUUUGUGUGGUUUCUCGGUGAAUUCUAUUUUGUGGGAUAAUAUUUGGCUGCGUCAUUUAAUUUAGAUGCCAGUGAUAGGUUUUAAUCCACAGCAUGUUCUCAUUAUGUUGUUAUUAAAGAGACAAAAUUGGAUAUUUCUUUCGGCUGCAAUUUGUGUGGCUGUUUUCACUGGUUAUUUGACAGCAGAUUACUUAUAUAGAGAAACGUUACGAUUUAGUGUUAUUAAAUUAUUUCUACUUGAUAUUGUUCGUUCCACAACUUUCGUUUUUUCAUGUUGGCAAUGUAUAUAGGCAUUUCCUUGGAGCGUUCAGUACUUCAUCAUGAAUCAUAACUCCUUCAGUAUGAAUUAUGUUAAGGACAUUAUGGAAGAAUAACUUAUUGCAUUUGAAAAUUCUCAUCUGAAAUUAGUGUUCAAUAUUUCAAAUUAUAAUUUACAAUUAGCUAAGGUAACAUAAUUUUCAUUAUUUUUCCCGGUAUCUAAAAAAAAAAGUAUUAGUAUAUCUCUAAAGUUAUUAUACGAAAUAAAUUUGUGACAGCUAUAAAGAAAAUUUUAAAUAGAUUAAGUUAAGUUUUAUCUACCAAUCAGGGUCGCGUAUUAUAUAAAUUAAUUUAGGUUGUCAGAUAUAUAAUUAUUGUACUUGAUUUAACUUUUAUUCCAAACUUGGUGAUACUUUGACGAGAGUACAAAGUUGACUGAGACUCUGAGGUAGGAGCACAAUUAUACCUAAACAUUUUCACAGGUACAAUAACCAUUUUUUAUAUCUUCAGGUAUAUAUUAAUCAAGUUACGGUAUCUCAACAUUACAAUGUCCCCUCUCCCCGUUGCAUCGCGUGUGUUAUUUAUCACAAUCAUUGUUAUUCGAUAUUAAGAUUUUUCGCGAUAUGUAAUUUAUAUCGCAAUGAUAGCAGAAAAAAUUUGGCAAUUACAUUACAAUGCAGCUUUCUUCCUCUUGCAAGGAUAUACUCAAGCUGCUCUUGCUACAAUGGUUACAUCUUAUACAUACUGGGUUUACGAAAAAGUAAUAGUGCAACAUCGUACAGUGCAGCUAUAAAUUAAGAAAUGUUAUCCGAUUUUUUUUUUCUUCCAUUAAUCAUACUGUUGACUGAUUGUGAGUCGAGUGCGAAGUGUUUUGAGUGUGUGAGGUAAAGAGGCAGUUCGGGCAGGCAUUACUGAUCCAUCGUGUUACCAGCGUCACAUACGUGUGUACAUACAUACAAUAGAGAUUCUAUGAUUGCUUGUAACGAACUCAAUGCAACUAAUAUAUAUUGGUCUGAAUAUAAGACGACCCCCAAUUUUAUGACUUCAUUUCAGUGAUUGUUUUUACAAACUGAAUUAUAUGAAAAAAUCAUUGAUUAUCACAAGCAUAUUUAUGGAUUAAUAUUGCAUUCAUCGCAUCAAUAAAAUUUGAGUGUAUUGUAUAAAUAUAUCGUUUUUAUUUACUUUUACUUCAGAUUGAUGCUAUUCGAAGAAAUUGAAGUUUGAGUUUUCAAGGUCCGUGAUUUUAUUGAUCAAAUUUUGUGACAAUUGGUCGAUAACGAAGUUUUUUCAGUUGAUGAAGCAAAGUUCCGAAUAAAUCCCGAUUAUAAGUGGAGUACGGAUUUUAAGAGGGAUAUCGGCUAACAAAAACCUCGACUUGUGUUCAGACCAAUGCAGUAAUUCUAAUAAUUAUCAUUGACAUUACAGUUGCACUUACAAUAAGCAUAAUAUAGUCAAUAUUCGAAUACAUAAAUGUAUAUACUUAUAUGGAGAUAUAUACACAAAAUAUAUCUGUGCAUAAAUAUAUCUCAUACAUAUAUACAUAUAUAUAUAUACUUCUAUAUACAUAGUUUGCCAUAAACAUAACUUAGAACACUACCACAGCUGUGUAAUAAUAUCGCUGUAUUGAAGAAAACAAAUGUUCAAUUCAUUAUUUCCGAAAAUUUUACGGGAGUGCAUUUCAAUUUUAACAAAGUAUCAUGAAAAUGCCGUAAAAUUCUGUUGAUAUAAUCUGUCCUCAUAAAUUGAAUUGAACAAACACCCGAAAAUCUACGUUGACCGUAUGUGGAAAAAAAAAAGUAAUUUCCGGUAUACGUUGGUUAAUUAUGUUCUUAUACAAAAGAUUAAUGACAAAAUAUCAACAAGUAACUAAAAUUCGAUUGCGUCCAGAAUUCAUUUAUUCUCAACUGUCAUUUUCGGGUAUCAUAUAUAUUUUAUGCCGAUGGAAGAGUACAUACGUGCAUGAUACUGAGAGCAUACAGUGAAUAAUAACUUCCAUAUCAAGUCCGUUAAAUAGAUGAUUAGUAUGCUUCUUUAUUAAUUGUAAUAUACACAGUGUAGUAUAGAAAUAUUCAUAAUGAUAACUAUUUCUCGACAUCUUCAUAUCAGAAUAGUGAUGUAUGCAUAUCAUAACAGAAAGCAAGUCAAUGACUUAAUUGAUAUUAUAAUGUUAUAUGAUAUAACAAUAUCUAUACAUAAAAUUUCAUGUUUCCUACCAACAUAAAUUAUUAGAAGUAGUUAUGUAGAAUUAAUUGUCACCAAUGUUUGUAUAACAUUUACUUGAUGUAUACACGUAACAGGACUGUACAAAGAAUUAUAUAGAUCUUAAAAAAUUA